UUUUUAAGGACUUUUUCGAGUGUGUGCGGUUUUGAAUUUGCAUCGGAUUUCUCUAGUGCAUUUUAUAAAGACAAACCAAAGAAAACAAUGACACCAAAUCCGUCUGAAACGAACGAAAGCGCGGAGUGUGCCAGCGACUCCCUUAACAGCCUCAUCGCUAACACCAUAGACAAUCAAGAUUGCGCCAAUUGCCUGACCAAUCCGUGUUCAGACGGGGAUUCGAAAUUGAAACAGCGAAAGUCUAUUUGUUGCAAUUCAGUAAGUCAAUGCGUAUGGGGAAUCCUGCUCAUCUUGAUAUCCAUAACCGGGUUCAUCUUCACACCACUCGACGUUAUGUUAAGGGAGAAGCUCAAUAUGAGACCGGGAUUCCCCCCGUUCGAAUGGUGGGCCGCCCCUCCAGACGAGGUCAUUCUGCGAGUUAGAGUCUUUAACGUGACCAAUCAUGAGAGGUUUAUGCUGGGCUUAGACGAAAAGAUGAACGUAGAAGAAAUUGGACCUAUUGUUUAUUUAGAAAAGCUACUUCACUACGACAUAAAAUUCAACGAAAACUCAACCUUAACGUAUACUGCUAAAAGAUAUCCUAUAUACCUGCCAGAACAAAACAACAUAGACAUAAACGCUACGCUUAUUGUGCCUAAUUUAGCUGUAUUGGGCAUAGCAUCCUACCUCCACGAUGCCAAUUACAUAGUGCGUACUGGUUUUCGUUUCCUAGCUAGUUCGCAUGGUAGCGAAAUGUUUAUAAAAAAGACAAUUUAUGAAUAUCUUUGGGAUUAUAAAGAACCCGUGUUAGAUACUUCUAAAAACUUAGCACCUGGUUUAGUGCCCGUAAACAAUAUGGGCAUGUUAUCGAGAAUUUAUUCCGACUUUACGGACAUAGUUACAGUAAAAAUCGGUUCCAAUCAUGGACAUUCCGAAUUUUUCAAGAUCGAUAAAUAUAGAGGUCAAUCUCAACUGCCUGGAUAUGACGCCGAUCAAUGCCCAGAUCGCAUCGUCGGGUCGACGGAAGGAGUGAUGUAUCAACAACGACUGAAGAAAGAUGACGUUUUAUUGUAUUGGAGAAAGACUGUUUGCAAAUUGAUGCCACUUUAUUUUGAUAGUGAAUUUAUUCUAGACAACGUGCCAGUAUACAGAUACAAUCUAUCCGAGUCUGUAUUUGACAGAGUCAUUAACGUUACGGAUUGUUACGAUACAGUACCUUCGUUGCCACCUGGUUUGAGCGACGGUUCUAAAUGUUAUUAUGAUUUCCCCAUGGUCAUCUCCUAUCCGCAUUUCUAUACCGGUACACCGCCAAAGGAUAUGUACGUUACCGGACUUCAACCAGACGAAAACCUUCAUAAUUCUUUCGUCGUUUUAGAGCCUCUUACUGGAAUACCGUUCAGAUCAGUCGCAAGAAUGCAGAGCAAUCUCAGAGUUCACGACAUGUCUGGCUUCCCAAUUGAAUAUAGAAAAUUUUCAAACUUGGUCGUUCCAUUAUUUUGGGCGGAAUAUAACCAAGUAAACCUGCCAAGCAUCAUCAGAUGGACAAUUUACUUCAUGGUGGUUGUCCUGCCACCCUUAUCUAUCGUUAUGAGCAUAGCAGGGAUUCUUUUAGGCUGUUACUUACUAGCCAAACAAAUAUAUCUUCAUAAGCUUAAAAAUGACAGCCUCAAUUCCAUUCUGAUUUCUAAAAGUAAAAAUGUGAAUAAUAUAGCCAAGAAUAAAAUAUUUUCUUAUGAAAAGGAAGCGUUUUUAAAGAUACCUAGUUAAUAUAAUGACGUUUUGAUUCUAUUGCAUAUAUUUCUGAAACUUAUUUAAGAGAAGAAAGCAAAAAAAGAAUAAAUCAACCAUUAAAAUUAAAAUAACUACGCUACAGGAGCCACAAAUACCACAAAUCAGUUUCAGAAAUUAAAUGCGACAUGUAAAUGCCUUUUUUUAUAGGAGAUAUUAUGACAAGUAAAAGACUGAGACUAAAUGUAUGUUUUUGAAUGUUAUAUAUACAAAGUAUUGCGACCUAAUUUUAGACAAAAUAGAUGAUUGAGAUACAGUUUUGCUAUUGUUGAAAUAUUGUUAAUAAUGCUCGUAAUAAUGUUACGAAAUUAUAUAUUGAGUAAAACCUUUAAUUUCUCCUUUAUUAAUAAAAAGUAUAGGGUCAAAUGUGUGUCAAUCUUAACACUAAAGGUUUAAAUUUAACUCUAUGCCGCUUGCAACAAGAAUGGUCCUAAGCCCAAUGUGUGAAGCUUGAUGUGCUCUUGACUGUACGUACAACCAAUUAUAUACAUUUACGUACUUAAAGUUAGUGAUGCAACAGACAGUGUAUACACUGCUGGGCAAUGGCCAAAAAAGUGCAAUUAUGACACCAAAAAAACAAGCCCUAUUAAAAUCUAUUUCGUUGAGAUCUUUAUAGUAUUUACACUUCCGCAUCCGUUUUUCCGUUUCCGUUUCGGCUAAGAUUUAGUUUUGCAUCUUGA